CAGGAUGACUUUGCUCUUGGGUCCUCCCAGUGCGGGCAAAACUACGCUCCUUCUAGCACUCGCCGGCAAAUUGGACAAGUCACUCAAGGUUUCGGGUCGCGUCACCUACAAUGGCUCCGAUAUGACAGAGUUUGUGCCGCAGAGAACGUCAGCGUACAUUAGCCAGCAUGACUUGCAUAUGGGAGAAUUGACAGUGAGAGAAACCUUUGAUUUUUCUUCGAGGUGUCAAGGAGUUGGAAGCAGCCAUGAAAUGGUUAUGGAGUUGGCUAGAAGAGAAAAGAAUGCCAAGAUCAAACCAGACCUUGAUAUUGAUGCUUACAUGAAGGCUUCUGCCAUCCAAGGCCAGGAAACCACUAUUGUCACGGAUUACAUCCUGAAGAUCCUCGGAUUGGACAUUUGUGCUGAUACACUAGUUGGCGAUGCAAUGCGUAGAGGAAUCUCUGGUGGACAAAAGAAGCGUGUUACUACUGGUGAGAUGCUAGUUGGGCCAGCCAAAUCUCUUUUCAUGGACGAGAUAUCGACUGGUCUCGACACCUCCACCACGUACCAAAUUAUAAAAAGUUUGAGGCAUACGGUUCAUGUGUUGGAUGCUACGGUGGUUGUGUCCUUGCUACAACCAGCGCCAGAAACUUACGAGCUCUUCGACGACUUGAUCCUCCUGGCCGAAGGCCAGAUUGUUUAUCAGGGUCCACGGGAGCUUGUGCUCGAUUUCUUCAUCUCCCAGGGAUUCAAGUGUCCUGCAAGGAAAGGAGUCGCAGAUUUCCUACAAGAAGUAACGUCGAGAAAAGAUCAGGAGCAGUACUGGGCCGUCGAGGACAAGCCUUACGAAUACGUGUCCGUGGAUAAAUUCGUACGCGCAUUCGAGGGAUUUCAUGUUGGUCAGAAUUUAGCCGAGGAGCUUUCGACGCCUUUUGACACGACUAAAUCUCAUCCAGCGGCACUUGUGACGAAGAAAUACGGCCUCGGCAAGUGGGACAUUUUCAAAGCAGUAAUGGCAAGGCAAGUGCUUCUGAUGAAAAGGGACGCUUUUGUCUACGUCUUCAAGUGUACACAGCUCUUUAUCACGGCCUUGAUCACUAUGACCGUUUUCCUACGGACACACAUUCAGUCCAACAGCACCGAUGAUGCGGAACUUUACAUGGGAGCCUUGUUUUUUGCCCUGGCUACGAUCAUGUUCAGUGGUUUUGUGGAGCUUUCCAUGACGAUCCAACGCCUUCCGGUGUUUUUCAAGCAACGAGACCAAAUGCUGUUUCCUGCCUGGGCAUAUUCAAUCGCGACAGUAAUUACGAGGCUUCCGCUCUCGCUUUUGGAAACAGCAAUGUUUGUGUUCAUGACAUACUACGUGAUUGGUUUCGCUCCUAGCGUUUCAAGACUCUUUCGCCAGUAUCUAAUUAUAUUCUUGGUCCAUCAGAUGGCCGGAGGACUCUUCCGGUUUAUUGCUGCGCUCUCACAGAAGAUGGUUGUAGCAAACACUUUUGGGUCGUUUGCUCUGUUGGUCAUCUUUUCGCUGGGUGGCUUUGUUCUCUCCAGAGAUAGCAUUCAUGCUUGGUGGAUCUGGGGGUACUGGUCGUCUCCAAUGAUGUAUGGGCAAAACGCUCUCGCUGUUAAUGAGUUUAGUGCAUCAAGGUGGCAACAGACUGAAGGGAACUCCACAGAUGGAAGAAACUUCCUAGAGUCACGAGGACUUUUUUCUGAUGAUUACUGGUACUGGAUUGGAGCUGGUGCUGAGCUUGGCUACGUCAUCCUUUUUAAUGUUGGUUUCACUUUGGCCUUGACCUAUCUCCGCGCUCCCAGUAAAUCUAAUCAAGCGAUAGUCUCGGUCACAGGACACAAGAAUCAGUCUAAGGUUUAUGACUCGGCUACUGAGCUCGAGCUAAGCAAACAAGCUGACACCAAGAAAACUGGAAUGGUUCUUCCUUUCAAGCCACUGGCGUUGGCCUUCAGCAACGUCAAGUAUUACGUAGACAUGCCUCCGGAGAUGCUAAAAGAAGGCGUGGACGAGAGCAGACUCCAGCUUCUUCACGACAUAAGCAGCAGCUUCAGGCCUGGAGUUCUUACGGCUCUGAUGGGCGUGAGUGGAGCUGGGAAAACUACUCUGAUGGACGUUUUGGCUGGACGUAAAACCGGUGGCUACAUCGAGGGUGAGAUCUCCAUCUCGGGAUUUCCAAAGAAGCAGGAAACGUUUACUAGAGUCUCUGGCUAUUGCGAGCAAAACGAUAUCCACUCACCAAACGUGACUGUCUACGAAUCGCUCGUCUUUUCGGCUUGGCUUCGACUGUCCGAGGAUGUAUCCAAGGGGACUAGACUGAUGUUUGUGGAGGAGAUAAUGGAGCUUGUGGAGCUCACUCCUAUUCGAGAUGCCAUCGUUGGUCGCCCUGGAAUGGACGGGCUCUCCACCGAGCAGCGAAAGAGACUGACAGUAGGAGUAGAACUCGUUGCGAAUCCAUCCAUCAUUUUUAUGGACGAGCCAACCUCGGGUCUGGAUGCUCGGGCCGCUGCAAUCGUCAUGAGAACCGUACGUAAUACCGUGAACACGGGACGCACCGUCGUUUGUACCAUUCACCAGCCGAGCAUUGACAUCUUCGAAUCCUUUGAUGAGGUAAGAUCUUUUGAUCAACAGAGACUGUUGCUCAUGCAACGAGGAGGGCGAGUGAUUUACUCUGGUCCUCUUGGAAAUCAUUCGAGCAGACUCAUCGACUACUUUGAAGCUGUUCCUGGUGUUCCUUGUAUCCCUGACGGAUACAAUCCGGCAACUUGGAUGCUCGAGGUUACGAAUCCGGACGUAGAACACCGGCUGAAUGUCGACUACUCUGAGAUCUACAAGUCGUCAACUCUCUACCAGCACAACCAAGCUGUGAUUGCUGAUCUACGCACACCUCCUCCAGGCUCGGUCGACUUGUCUUUCCCUUCGCAAUUUCCUCUCUCGUUUGGGGGACAAGUAGUGGCCUGCUUGUGGAAGCAGCAUCGAUCUUACUGGAAGAAUCCUUACUAUGUUUUGGGACGCCUGUUCUUCACGCUCACUGCUGCUCUCAUGUUUGGCACCAUGUUUUGGGACAUUGGCUCGCAAAGAGAAAGGCAGCAAGACUUGUUCAAUCUCAUGGGAUCCAUGUUUUCGGCCGUGUAUUUCAUUGGAGUUUGCAACGCAGUGGGAGUUCAACCGGUUGUUUCAGUGGAGCGAGCUGUUUACUAUCGAGAGAAAGCCGCUGGAAUGUACUCCGCUCUCCCUUACGCCUUUGCUCAGGUGAUUAUCGAGCUCUUCUACGUUUUGGUUCAGGCAGUUUCAUACGCGGCCAUUGUCUACUCGAUGAUGAAACUCGAGUGGUCGGCCGCAAAGUUUCUGUGGUUCGUCUUCUUCUCCUACUUCUCCUUCCUCUUCUUCACGCUCUACGGGAUGAUGGCCGUGGCAAUCACGCCCAACGAGAGGGUGGCGGCCAUUUGUUCGACGGGAUUCUACGCAGUGUGGAACCUCUUCGCGGGUUUUCUCAUCCCUCGACCGAGCAUGCCAAUUUGGUGGAGAUGGUGCUACUGGCUUUCGCCACCCGCGUGGACGCUGUAUGGAAUCAUCACUUCUCAGCUCGGGGAUAUUACUGCGCCACUGAGGCUCACAGACGAGACGAGGCAGCCAGUGCCAGUGCAAGAGUUUUUGAGAGACUACUUCGGCUACGAGCACGAUUUCCUGGGUGUGGUCGCAGGCGUGCAUGUUGCGCUCGUCGUCACAAUCGCGAUCGUCUUCGGCCUGUGCAUCAAGUUCUUGAACUUCCAGAGACGAUGA